CGUCACGUGACAGCGGCGGCGGCGGUGGUGACAGCCGUGACAGCCGGAGCGGGCCCCGCCGCCCUGCGCUCUCCUCUGCCCCUGCCGCCACCAUGUCGGGCAAGGACCGCAUCGAGAUCUUUCCGUCGCGGAUGGCCCAGACCAUCAUGAAGGCUCGUUUGAAAGGAGCCCAAACGGGUCGCAACCUCUUGAAGAAAAAGUCUGAUGCUUUGACACUUCGAUUCAGGCAGAUCCUUAAGAAAAUUAUUGAGACCAAGAUGCUGAUGGGUGAGGUGAUGAGAGAAGCUGCCUUUUCCCUUGCCGAGGCAAAGUUUACAGCAGGAGAUUUCAGUACCACUGUGAUCCAAAAUGUCAACAAAGCCCAAGUCAAGGUCAGAGCUAAAAAAGACAAUGUAGCAGGUGUAACCUUGCCGGUUUUUGAGCAUUACCAGGAAGGAGGGGACAGCUAUGAGUUGACUGGCUUGGCCAGAGGUGGAGAACAGCUGGCUAAGCUGAAAAGGAACUAUGCCAAAGCUGUGGAGCUGCUUGUGGAACUGGCCUCCUUACAGACAUCCUUUGUUACGUUGGAUGAAGCCAUUAAAAUCACAAACAGGCGUGUGAAUGCAAUUGAACAUGUGAUUAUUCCCAGGAUUGAGCGUACUCUUUCUUAUAUCAUCACAGAACUGGAUGAACGAGAACGAGAGGAAUUCUACAGGUUAAAGAAGAUCCAGGAAAAGAAGAAAGUAUUGAAAGAAAAAUCUGAGAAGGAACGGGAGCUACGGAGAGCUGCUGGUGGGGAACAGGAACCAGCCAAUCUCUUAGCAGAAGAGAAGGAUGAAGACCUUCUCUUUGAGUAACCCAGCACAGUUGUUGUCUAUGGAGCACGGGACCCAGAAUACAGAAUAUGAGAUUGCAAUAUAAUUCAGGACAUGUUGCCUCAAUGAUACUUACGUGGCUUCUCACUGUACAAGUCUUGAGUUGAAUAGACUGUGGAUUUCUCCUGGGAGAUUAGAAAUCUGGGAAUUUGCCUGCAGCACAGGAGGAAAAGCAGAGAGAAGUGAGGUGCUUUACUAUCAGGAAAGCCUUCUGAUGUGUAUUGAGCCUGUUUCUUCACUUAGUUGGAAUGACUCUGCAGGGUGGUUCUGGAUUUGCCUAAUUGAAUUCCUCUUUAAUUGCUCCCUGGUGCAAGCAGAGAAGGUUAUUUAGGGAGGGAGAUGCAUUGCUGAACUACUGAUGUUCAAGUUGCUUAUAGCCCAUAUUGGCACAGCUGAAGUCAAAUGUCAGCAAAGGCAGCUCUGGUUUUCUAACCUGUAGAUGAAAUCCACAGUCUUCCGUGAUUUAUUUUUGUUGCACGAUUGUUACCAUUGGCCUAAAACAUCUAUGGUUUUAGAGGUUCUGCCAACUUGUGUACUGUCUGUGCUAGAAACAAGUAAAAAUUUUAAAUGUUAAAAUAUCUGGUAUCUGGCUCAAGCUCUAGAAGAUGGUAGUCUUAAAAGCUUGACAUGCUGAUUUCCAAAUAAAACCUUUACUUCAUCCACUACUCC